CGGCGGCUGCUAUACGGCGGCGGGGCUCUAGGUGUCCUGCCUGGGAGGGUCCCUGCUGCAUUGCAGCCGCCGCGCUGCUCCCUCUCCGCGCACACAAUGGCGACUCCCAGCCCCAGCGGCGGCUCCGGCGCCGGCGGCGGGAGCGGGCCGGGCCCGGGCGGCUCGCAGGCGCACGCCGCCGCCGGCAGCAUGCAGGGUAAACGCAAAGCGCUGAAGUUAAAUUUUGCAAAUCCACCUUUCAAGUCCACAGCAAGAUUUACUCUAAACACUUCUGGAGUUCCUUUCCAAAAUCCACACAUUGAUACACAAGCAACCCUUGGUAGUUAUCACAUUGUCCCGUUCAGUUUCAAAAGGAGAGAAGCGGACCUCAUCCAGAAACUUUCCAGCAGGCUACAAGAGAGACUGAGAACACACAGCAUUGAAUCAUCAGGAAAAUUGAAGAUUUCCCCUGAACAGCAUUGGGAUUUUACAGCAGAGGACUUGAAAGACCUUGGAGAAAUUGGACGAGGCGCUUAUGGUUCUGUCAACAAAAUGGUCCACAAACCAAGUGGGCAAAUUAUGGCAGUUAAAAGAAUUCGGUCGACAGUGGAUGAAAAAGAACAGAAGCAGCUUCUGAUGGACCUUGAUGUAGUAAUGCGAAGCAGUGACUGCCCGUAUAUUGUUCAGUUUUAUGGCGCGCUCUUCAGAGAGGGUGACUGUUGGAUCUGUAUGGAGCUCAUGUCUACCUCGUUUGAUAAGUUUUACAAAUAUGUAUAUAGUGUAUUAGAUGAUGUUAUUCCAGAAGAAAUCCUAGGCAAAAUCACUUUAGCUACUGUGAAAGCACUAAACCACUUAAAAGAAAACUUGAAAAUCAUUCACAGAGACAUCAAACCUUCCAAUAUUCUUCUGGACAGAAAUGGAAAUAUUAAACUCUGUGACUUUGGCAUUAGUGGACAGCUUGUGGACUCCAUUGCCAAAACGCGGGAUGCAGGGUGCCGGCCGUACAUGGCGCCUGAAAGGAUAGAUCCCAGUGCGUCCAGGCAAGGCUAUGAUGUCCGCUCAGAUGUCUGGAGCUUGGGAAUUACAUUGUAUGAGCUGGCCACAGGGCGAUUCCCCUACCCCAAGUGGAACAGUGUGUUUGACCAGUUGACACAAGUAGUAAAAGGAGACCCACCACAGCUGAGUAACUCAGAGGAAAGGGAGUUCUCCCCGAGUUUCAUCAACUUCGUCAACUUGUGCCUUACAAAGGACGAGUCCAAAAGGCCAAAGUAUAAAGAGCUUCUGAAACAUCCCUUCAUCCUGAUGUAUGAGGAACGCACAGUGGAUGUUGCAUGCUAUGUUUGUAAAAUCCUGGAUCAAAUGCCAGCAACUCCCAGCUCUCCAAUGUACGUCGAUUGAUACUGCUGCUACAUCAAACUCUAGAAAAAGGGCUGAGAGAAAACAAGCUGUAAAGAAUUUUCAUCACAUAUUGCAGUGUUUUUAAUGCUCGCCCAGACACCAUGUGCAAUAAUAUUGGUGUUAUUUCCAUCCUGUCUGUAUACUGUUGUCACAUAUAAAGUGCAUCCCUGUAAUACCUGAUCACACAGUGUUAGUGUUGGUCAAAGAGAGACCUCAUCUUGCUCUUUUGUGGACAUAUUCAUGAAAUGUGGAAAUAAGUACAUUCAUUUGUUGACCGUGAUUGGAUAGCACCUAAAAUUCAUUUCUAGACUCAAAACUUGGAGACUUCUCAGCAGCUACUGGAAAGAUUUUUCUCUCAAACUCUUCCAAUUGUUGUUUCAAGUAAUAAUAAAAAGCAAACAAACAAAAGUUAGGCGUUGUUUGUCAACAGUAAGAGACUUUGCCUGGAGGGAGAAGAACUUGCUUAACCAACAAGAUGCUUUGCCUUCUGGAGCUAGAAAGGCAAAGGAGAAUUUUAUUCUUCACAAAGUGCAAUAGAUUUACUGCUAUGAAAUUCUGUUGCUUUACAGUCGCAGUAUACUUUCUGGGGACAGUGUGCUCAGCUGAACUUCCUGUUAAAGAGAGAUCAUGUUAAAUAUAGUGAAUAUGUCUUUACCAAAAAUACGUUGCGUUGAAAGAGGCUAACAUUAAACUAUUCAGAGAUGGGACAUAAUGUAUUCUUUCUCCUUUUACCAAGCCAGCCACUCUUCACUCUUAACUAGGUGUCCUGUAAAUUGUUUCCUGGUAAGAUAAGACCUUUGACCUGAAGAAUUAUUAAACUACUCAAUUGAAUUUAACCUGCUUGUGACCUGAUUUAUAGCUGCACAGUGCUUACCACCAGCUGGCUUUGCUUUGACCUUGAGAAGUGUCAUUCACAAAGUCUGCAGCUGUUUUAAUGAGCUGCAAAUGAAUGUCUGUGAUUUCUAGCCAAUAUUUCUCAUGUUCUUCACUGUCCCCAGCCCCGAUGCUAGCGCCUUUUCACUGACCCCAAGACCAGCCCAGCAGCCCUGCCACCUCCCAGCCCAGUGUCCCUCACAAGACUAAACCUCAGCGCUUCCUUCUCAGCACUGCGAACAGGACGGUGGGGGUGUGCCCCCCGCCGCAGUGGGGCUCUGGGCCUGCCCCGCUGCUGCAAAUGUCACGCUCUGAGCUUGCUGGAGACUUUGUUCACCACCUUCUGGGCAUAUUCAGCUUCUUAUGUGACCCCCAUAGCUCUUGAUACUGCACCCUGGAGCAAACCUCACUGAGAUCGAUUGAUGCAGAUAGAGAGGAGGUGGAGAUGAGGGAGCAUCUAACACCUUGUGGGCUUUUAGCUGACCCAGCAAGGUCAGGCAAGCUGUCAUAGUCUGGCCCAUUGCCGAGGUUAACAGUGCAUCAGUCAUUUAUUUAUUUUUUUACAUUGCCAUGUUUUUCAAAGAUUAUUUUUUCCCAGAAACAUUUAUUUUUUUCCAAAACAUUGCAGUUUUCAGGCAUUUAGAAGUGUAUGGGGGAUAAAAUGGAGGCUACAUGAUCUCUGAUUUCCAUUUUGACUUUAGUUUAGGCACUUGGUAGGACUUCAUUGAUGUUAGAGCAACCAACGUGUCAAAGCUCUGCAGCAAAACUGGAACUGGGAUGCAAAGGGCCAGAGAUGCAAUGGGAGUGGAAACGCAGCAGUACUGGCAGGAUUACCAAGGAAGGGCUUCCCACGUCAAACCAGUGCUACCAAGCACAAACUGGGCUGAUGCAGGAGCACUGGAGACCAGCACAUCCCUGCCCCAGCUGCUUGGUUGGGAAAGGAGAAAGCCCGAAUUUCUCCAGCCCUGUGGAAGGCUUGCGGCACUGCGCAUCUCCCCCUUGGCUGUCGCAGCUGGUCCCUCUGGCACCAAGGCUGACCACGAUGUGGUCCCUUCAGGCACAGUGUGCCCGGUGGGGCAGGGAGGUGCAGUCCUCCUGCCCUUCCUGGAUUAUCUUCCUUCAGGUCUGCUCAUCAGGUGAGGCAGUCACUAAAGUCUUCCCAAAACAGACAAGGCAGAGCUGUCCGAAGUAACUAGUCAUUCCCAACAGCGCUGAUGAAUCACGUGGAAGGAUGUUGAACAAGAUACGUAGCAUAUCUAAAGUGGUAAUUCUCCCCCCAAGCUCUGUAGCCUCAGAAAACUCAGCUUUUCUCAGGCUGGGCAAAUCCCACAGCUGUGAUACCUCUCGCCAGCCUUCAGCCACCCGUAACGGGACCUCGGGCGUGCUGGGUCUCAUGGGGUGCUGGCUGGGGGACUACACAGACACAGAUCCUGUAAGGAUAGGAGCAUGCAGAGGUGCUCUGCCUCUGCCCCCACUUUUCUGACAUUGAAGUCUGAUUCACAUCUCCCCGGUGUCAGGGAGCCCAAAAACCUUUCAGAGGGCUAACACUGAGAUGAAUCCUCCUCAGAAUCAGAUUCCCUCCAAUGCAAGCGGCUUCCUUGCUCUGCUCUUUUGGAAAGGCUGGGGUCCAUUCUCUGGUGCUGGCCCCGUCUGGAGCUCGUCUUCAGCAGCACAACCAGCUUGCUUUUGAUGGAUUGGAAAUGGAAAUGCGAAGCUUUGAGCUCCCAGUGACAAAGUCAGGGCUGAGGUGCUGUGGCAUGGGUGGCUCUGCAGAAGGACAGGUUUAGCAUAUUAAGCAUAGAUUGUUAUAAACUAUUAAGGGUGCAUCAUUUAUUAAAGUGUAUCUUUAUUAAAAAAGAAAAAAAGGUGUAUAGUGUUCAGAAGCUGUGAAAAUAGUAUAAGAACUGUACAUUGUGAAUUCUGUUGUUUCUUUUUCUUGUACCAUAGAAAAAUGUAUAAAAAUUAUCAAAAAGCUGAUGUGCAGGGAUGUUGCCUUACUGUCUGUAAAAUGGAGCUCAGGAACAUAACUGCUUCAAAGAGCUUCAGAAUAUUUUAUCCAGUAUCCUGGUUUGACUUCCUCUUCUAUUUAAGAUAUUAUACAUGGAUCAGAGUGUUUAUGUAAUAGUUCUAUCCUUUUGCCUGCAGGUCAGUUGUAAUAAAACUAGGAUGCGACUGUGA